CCGGGGUGGCCUCGAUGUCCCCGCUCCGCGCCCCGCGAGCAGCAGCACCAUCGGCCCGGCUCCACCUUAACCGGAGCGGCCGCGCCGCGCUGCCCGCGCCCGGGCGGCUCCGGCGGAGCGCAGGGGCGUUUAUCUCGCCCGGGAUCAGCCAAUAUUUGUGGCCACGUCAGGAGAACGAGCCCAUCCUCGCCCCGUGCUGCCGCUCAGUCCAGCUCCGCCACCCCGCUCCGCUCCCCGGGGCGUGCCGCCGGCUCAUCCCAUUCUGCUUCUCGGACACUGCUGGGACUCCCACGCUGUCACCUCUCGCCGCCGAGAUGACGGUCACCGUGGCUCUCCUCCUCCUGAGCGUCCUGCGGACGGCUGCUGCCAAGGGCGAGUGGUGCCCGGCCUGCGGGGUGGCCGCGCUGGCCCCCGGGGCGCAGCGGGACGCGCUCCUGGCGCUGGCCAAGCAGAGCAUCCUGGCCAAGCUCCGCUUGCCCGGCAGGCCCAGCGUGCCGCAGCCGCCGUCCCGGGCCGCUCUCCUGACCGCGCUCCGCAGGAUGCGGGAGCAGCGCUCGGACCCUGCCGGGAUGCCCCGGGACGGCCGCGUCCCUGCCCGGCCCGGCCCGGGGCUGCAGGAGUACGAGAUGCUGAGCUUCGCUGAGCCGGGAUCCUCCACUUCCCGCAGCGUCCACCUGCAUUUCCGCUUCUCCCAGGAGGUGGCCGGGAGCACUGAGAUCCAGCAGGCCACCCUCUACCUGUUCUGGGCCUCCCCUGGCCGCGGGGCACAGCCCGUCACCGUCAGGCUCCUGCGGCCGGACCCGGCGGGGCCAAACAUGACAGUGGCCAGCGAGACGCGGCUGGAGGUGCAGAGACCCGGCUGGACCACGCUGGACGUUGGAGCAGCUGUCCGGAGCCUCUUCGGACAGGAGACGCCGCGGCUCACGGUGGAACUGGAGGUGCCAGAGGACUGGGGUUCCCCUCUCCCAUCCGACCACAGUGAUUCCCACUGGCCAUUUGUGGUGGCCCAAGCCCAGGCCAGGACACCCCACCGCGUCCGUCGGCGCGGCGUGGAUUGCGGCGCGGACUCGCGGAUGUGCUGCCGCCGGGAAUUCUUUGUGGAUUUCAAGGAGAUCGGCUGGGAGGACUGGAUCAUCCAGCCCGAGGGGUACCACAUGAACUACUGCGCGGGGCUGUGCCCGCUGCACAUGGCCGGCAUUCCCGGCCUCGCCGCCUCCUUCCACACCGCCGUCCUCAACCGCAUCAAGGCAGCGAGCGCGGCGGCGGCCGUGGACUCCUGCUGCGUUCCCACCCAGCGCCGGCCCCUCUCCCUGCUCUACUACGACCGCGACAGCAACAUCGUCAAGACCGACAUCCCCGACAUGAUCGUGGACUCCUGCGGCUGCACCUGAGCCGUGCCGGGGCGGGAGGGAGGACGGGACGUGGCGGGACGGGGCUCCCUCUUCCCGGCUCCCGGCUGGGAGGGAGGAGCUCUGCCGAGGGCGUUUCUCCUCCUGCGGGUGAAGCACCAAGGGUGAUGCUGAAUGUGCAAGUCCCCUCCAAUCUCACCUCCCACACGGCUCUUUCCCCCUUCGUAUCUGCCCGGGGACUUUUCUCACAGCCCCUCAGACCGGCUCCUGAUGGAGUCCAGAUGGACUGAUGGACUGACGGACUGACGGACGGAUGGACUGACGGACUGAAGGACUGAUGGACUGAUGGACUGAUGGACUGACAGACUGACGGACUGACGGACUGGUGGACUGAUGGACUGGUGGACUGACAGACUGACGGACUGAUGGACUGGCAGACUGGUGGACUGAUGGACUGAUGGACUGAUGGACUGACAGACUGAUGGACUGAUGGACUGACGGACUGACGGACUGACGGACUGAUGGACUGACGGACUGACGGACUGACAGACUGACGGACGGAUGGACUGGUGGACUGAUGGACUAAUGGACUGACGGACUGAUGGACUGAUGGACUGACGGACUGACAGACUGAUGGACUGAUGGACUGAUGGACUGAUGGACUGGUGGACUGAUGGACUGAAGGACUGACGGACUGAUGGACUGACGGACUGACGGACUGGUGGACUGACGGACUGA